AUGGAUGAUUCAAAAGGAAGUUUUGAAGAAAUUAUUGAGAGGAUUCUGUCAAGAUCUCGGGAAAUCAAAGUUGGCAAAUAUGACAAGUCAUCAGAUGUUGCAGAGCAGCACCGGUUGCAGAGUCUUGAAAAAGCUACAGUAAUCCAAUGGCUCUGCUUUACACCACCCUCCACAAUUACCGAUGUGAAAGAAGUCAGCAUGAAACUUCUUCUGCGGGCAUUGACACACAGGGAAUUUGCUCUGAUUUCAAUGUGGAGAGUACCAGCCAUGCCAAUAGGUGCACAUGAGUUGCUAAGUUUACUUGCUGAGCCUUUGAAGCAAUUUUCAGAACUACCAGAUACACUUGACGAUUAUGUUUCUGAGAAUCUGAAAGAGUUUCAAGAUUGGAGUGAGUACUACUCCUGUGAUGCAACUUAUCGCAACUGGCUCAAAAUUGAGCUUGACAAUGCAGAGGCUCCUCCCCUUGACCUCUCAGUGGAGGAGAAACAAAGAGCCACGGCAGCAGCUAAAGAGACAUUGAAUUCUUCUAUGUCAUUGUUACUAAGUGAGUGA